AUGGGGCUGCGCAACCCCUUCGCCUUCGGCCCCGGGCCCUGGGACCCGACGCACCGCUUCGUCACGUCGUGGCUCGUGUCGCCGCGCGUCCUGUUCGGCCUCCGCGCCCUCAUGUGCCUCUACGCCUUCGUCACGCUGCUCUUCGACAUCGGCUACCUGUGCGCGCACGAGGAGCUCGGCGGUUGCCAGAAGGCGCGCGACAGCUUCUCCUUCUUCACCGUGCUCACGUACUGGGGCAUCGCCUUCUACCAGCUCGCCGCCGCGCUGCACACGCUGUCGUACCUGGCCGCGCCGCCCGCGCGCGGCCCCCCCCUCGGCCGCUGGCCCCGCCCGCUGCAGGCCCUGCACGCUUUCUUCUACACCACCGUCGUCACCCUGCCCUUCCUCGUCACUGUCGUCUACUGGGCCGUCAUCUACCCCUUCGGCCGCGCCUGGUUCCCCUCCGUCUACGCCGCCUGGUCCAACGUCUCCGAGCACGCCCUCAACAGCGCCUUCGCCCUCGUCGAGAUCGCCCUCCCCCGCACCCGCCCCCCGCCCUGGCUCCACGCCCUCUGGCUCGUCGUCCUCAUGGCCCUCUACCUCGCCCUCGCCUACCUCAUCCGCGCCGUCCGCGGCUUCUACCCCUACGCCUUCCUCGACCCCGACCCGGCCCACGACGGCGCCGCCGGCCCCCUCGUCCCCGCCUACAUCGUCGGCAUCGCCGCUGUCACCGUCCUCGUCUUCGUCCUCGUCAGGUACCUCAUCGCCCUCCGCCGCUGGCUCGUCGAGGACCGCCUCGGCUGCCGCGGCAAGUUCGCCGGCCCCUCCCCCGUCCCCGUUCACGACGAACUCGAGAUGGGUCGCGUCUCCGGCCUCGAGUCUCUCGUGCAUAAGUGA